AUGUCCCAAGAAUUCGUUGGUCGCUGGAAGCUCGUUCACUCUGAGAACUUCGAGGAGUACAUGAAGGAAGUCGGAGUUGGAUUGAUCACUCGUAAGGCUGCUGCCAACUUGAAACCAACUUUGGAGAUCAAGGUUGAGGGAGAUGUCUGGCAUUCAAACCAAUACUCCACUUUCAAGAACACCACUCUUUCUUUUACUUUGGGAAAGGAAUUCGACGAGACCACUCCAGAUGGUCGUACCGUCCAAUCGGUCGUCAAUUUCGAGAACGGAAAGUUCGUUCACACCCAGAAGAAGGACGGAAAGGUCGAGUCAGUCAUCACUCGUUGGCUCGAUGGAGAGAAGCUCAUCACCACUCUUCAAGCUGGAUCCGUUGUCUCUCGUCGUGAAUACGUCAGAGAAUAA